GUAGUACAACUCCCCAGGCACUCGUCUUCGUCGUGCAGUUCGCCCUGCAGAUUUCGACGCAUGGGGGACGAUGCCAUUGCCUCCCAGAGACCCCUCAGUCAUCAUUGAGCCGAUUCGACCAUUCGUUGGUCGCAAACGGAAGCCAGAGAGUGCCGCAGGACAGGAGGCCAGGGGAGCUACAGGUUGUGGCGGAGGCCGAGGCCGACCAUCGGGAGAUAGGAGGGGCACGAGCGAGAGGGACGUGUCAGGACAGGUACGCGGGAGAGGAGAGGGACGUCCCAGAGGCCGACCACAUGAACGAGGGAGAGGAGAGGGAAGUGCCACGAUACGAGGAGGCGGUGCACCACGGAGGAGAGCCUCUGCAGAUGGAAGAGGCGUUCAUGGGGACACAACGUCGGUCACAUCAUCGAGCACCGAGGCUGAGGAGGGCAUAGCGCUGAGCAUCACCAGGGGGCGAAGGGGAGAGGCGACGACAAGGGAAGCACUUGCAUCCGUGGCCGCAUCAGGCUCGAGCACGUCGGCAUCAUCGGGCGACGCUGAUUUCGAAGGGGGUGUUAAGGAGAAUGAGGAGGAGGCAAAGGUCGAUGCAAAUAUUGUGGCGGGAGAGGGUGAUAUGUCAGGAUAGUUUUGUACAUAGAUUGUUUUGUGUGCGGAUUAGAAUUCCAAGAUCGAUCUAUAUACCUUUCUCGGCCUUUUGGCUAAGAUCAAGUGCACUGUAUCUGUUCUGAUCAGUUUGUUUAAUAUAUGAUCCGUGUUCCAUCAAACCACAAAACAAACGCGUGUGGAGAUU